GUAGUUCUCGCUCAUUGUGAUGAAAAUACAAACAAGUGUCUUGCACAUGAUAGCUAGCGAGCUGUGUGUGUGGGUUUUUAGGGGUAAAAUAGCUAAAUUAUGUUUAAUUCAUUGUAGGCAGAAAACUAGUUAUAGAAAUCUAGAAAUGUAGCUAUGUCAUUUUUAUUUUGUAUGCCUUGAACAGAGAUGAAGUCAAGUGAAUUGACGUUGUUUGAGUUGUAGCUAACUUAGCAGGAACGUUAACGUUAGCAUGGACAAUAUAGCUAGGCUAAGUGCAAAGAUGAUACAGUAAUCCUCUUUUCAAUUAGCUGGAUUCAUUUAAAUAUUAUAUUUAUUAUCAUACAGGUUAGCCAAAAGGCUGUAAAAUGUAUGGCGCUCCUGUGGAUUUAUCAUUCAAAUGCCUCAGCUCAAUGACAGAUGCUCUGACGGAGGAGCCAAAUCAGGGCUUGCGGCCACUGAAGCGAAAUGCAGAGAAGAAGUUCUGCAGCCGCUCGCUGCGUCUCAACAAUAACAUCAUCACAGACUUGAGUGGCUUCAAUGAUACGGUCUCAGCCUUCCUCUCAGAGCCCUCACAGCUCGCCUGGGUCGACCUGUCCUUCAACGACAUCUCACACAUAGACCCAGUCCUGGUGGAGCUGAAGGAACUGCGGGUGUUGUAUCUCCAUGGUAACAGCAUCUGUAACCUUUCAGAGGUGGAUAAGCUGGGAGCCCUGCCCUUCCUACAUACACUGACCCUGCACGGCAACAACAUGGAGAAUGAGGGGAGCAACAGGGGGUAUGUGAUUGCGGCUCUGCCUCACUUGAAGAAGUUGGACUUCAGUGCUGUUACACGGCAGGAGCGAAUCAUGGCCCAAGUCUGGCAUCGCCCUGGGAACCUUGGCAAAAACACCAGGAAGAACCAGGACAACUGACCUGUUACCACAGAAACGGAGGGAGGGGGACACACACAAUCGUCAUGCCAAUCAACCAAAUGGUUCCAGAACAACAUCAGGAGGCCUUAUGACUGAAGCAUCAUGUAAAAGUACAAUAUGAAUCUACUCAUCAGAAACUUUGUCUGGUGUCUGUCUUAGGGGGG